CUUCUCGCAGUGUUUUUGAAAAGUCAACAGAGAAGAGAGACAAGUUUUGGCGUUUUUCGUUCUUAUUAGCUCAGGUGAUGGAUAACCCAGGUCGAAGUUUGUAUUUUGGAGGCAGCAUACAUGUUGAUGGCAUCAGGGCUCCGGACCAGGACGAGGAGGAAGAAGAUGAAGAGGAAAAUCGAAAGCGCGAAGCGGAGAUCCAGGGGAUGUUGGCCAAUGCCUUUGAUGACUUAGAGGAUGAUGAGUCUUUUGCCCAACAGUCGGGCUAUAAUUCUUUCGCCUUUGGAAAGGAAAGAAGGGAUUCUGCCUAUUAUGAAGAGGGUGGAGCAGGGAAGCAGCACAGCGAUGCCUCGUACAGGAAUUAUGAUGUUGGGGACGGACAUGGGGAUAAUGUAUUUGAUAGGUUCGGAAGUGAGACGCAGGACAAGAGGGUUGAGUUCGCACAUAGGGAAAGUUAUAGUGAGAGCUUUGAUGUGCAAGAACACCCAGGCCAUGGGAUCCUCAAUGGAGACCAUGCUUCUCAUGCCAACAGCUCAGGAAGCGUCACGCCUUGGAGUGAUGAUAGCCAUGAUGAGGAAAGCUCUGAGAGGUUUACCCCCUUGGCUUAUCAUGAAACUGCUCAUGACCCAUACCACAUCACUGCUCAUGAUGAACACACUGGAUUAGACUUGGAUCACAAUGACUAUAGACCAGAUGUGCAUAAAGGUUAUGGGGAGAGCUCGCUGGCAUAUGCUGACCAAGCGAAUGAUUAUCAGGCUGACAAGUACAGGUCACUUGUUAACCGAGAAACACAGGAGAAAGUUACUGAGGCAGAGUAUCGUGCUGCUGACACUCCACAAGAUCAGAUGAAGCUGUUGUAUGAAGCUCGGGGAAGGGAACUCGACAGGCUGUCAUCAGAGCUGUCGAAACUGAAAUUUGAGAGUAGCCGUGAUAUUCGUGUGCUGCAGCACCAAAUUAAUCUAGUCACAUCAGACAGUGAAAGCAAAACAGCCAACAUAAGUCAGUUGCAGACUUUGCUGUCAGAGAAAGAAGAGAGGAUAAAGAGCAUGGCAGUGGAUCUGAAGGAACUCCAGAUUAAAUUGAAUGACAAGGAAAAUGAGAAUAAAAAGUUACAUUUUGAGUUAGAGACAGCACAGUCAACCAUAUCUAGCCUGGAAUGUCAAAUAUCAGAACUCAAAGCUGCUGACACACUCACAAGGAACCAGAAAUUGCAUGAAGAUUUUGUGACAAAGUUGAAACAAGGUAAUGUGGAAGAGAGGGAAAUGCUGCUCAGUAAACUUCAGGAUGCACAAAAUCAAGCUGAGCAGCAUGAAAAGGAGGUGACUCGACUCAGAGAGGAACUGAGGAGCCUAAGAGCAACGUAUGAUGAGUCUCUGGUGCAAAAGACUGAAACUGUGACAAAGUUAACAGUGACCAAUGAAACUUUGCGCAAGCAGUAUGAGGACCUCAUGAAGUCCCAUGAUGGCCAGCAGAUAAUAGAACUGCAGAUCAAGGUCAGAAGUCUGGAAGCUACCAAGGACAAACUGGAGAAUCAAGUUUGUUCCUUAGAAUCUGAACUAGCAAAAGCAAAAGAGGAGAUUGAUGGCUUUGACACAGCAUUGAAGCUAGGCAUUCUGAGUGAAGUGAUUCCUGGAGAAGACUCCAUGGUUCAGCUAGGAAUAAAAAGGGCAUUGAACUAUGAUGACACCAUAUCAGGAGAACGACAAGCAGAUGGGGAGAAGCACACAGAGGCUCAGGAGAAACUAAAGUUAAAAGAUGAAUUAAAAAGAAGUUUGAUGAGCAACAAAGCAAAGAGAGAUGAGAUUUCCCGAAUGCAAGAGGAAGCUAGUGGGAAGCAACUUCACAUUAAAAAGCUAGAGAGUGAACUGAAGUCAGCACAAACAGAGAUAAAAGAGCUGAAAAGCAGUCUUCUGAAGGUGGAGUUAGCACAAGCAGAAAACCAGCAAAAGGAAAAACAGGGAACUGAAAAUGAAGAUGUACAGCCAACAGCUCUUUGUGCUGAAAAUGUUGGUCUCAGAGAGGAACUGAUUCUCUUACAUGGGUCUUUAAGAAGCUUAGAAGAAUCGUUUGCAGCUGUCAAAGAUGUUGUUGAAAACUGGCAGCAGAACCUGCCCAGUUUAACUCAGGAAACAUAUGGUGAAUGCAUGAGACAAUUUGAUAAACUUAUUACUCUUGCUGAUUUAUGUACUAAUUCUGUGAAAGACAUGAAGCAUUACCAUGAAACAAUUUCUAAAGUGCGGGAUGAAAACAACAACAUGCAAAAGAAACAAGCACUUUGGGAGAAGCAAGUUGACAAUGUACAAAUAAAGCUAAAAGUUUUUGAAAAGAUGGUUGUAUCAGCCAAAUCUGACUUGGCAAAUGACUCUGAGUAUGGGCAUGCGGUCAGUGUAAUCGAAAGACUUCUCAAGGAUUUCAUAGAGCAAACGCAAUUUGUCAAAAAGGAUAUCCGUACCUUUCACAGCACUGAGCUCUGUCUCAAGGAUGAACUAACAAAGGCCAAACUCAGAGUGGCACAGCUUCAGAGAACCAUUAAUAAUCUGAAGAAUGAGAGAGAUAUGCUUAAGAAAAAUGUUGAUGUUCUGGCCGAGGAGAAGGAAAGGGAAAAGAAGGAAGCAUUAGAAGAUUGCCAGGACACUUACAUGCGUUUCCAUGAGGAGGCUAUGAAAGCAUCUCCAACAUACUGAAGAAGGAAGUAGCUAGACUUGCUGAGGAACUCAGUGAUACUAAAAAGAUGUAUAUUAGUGUUUGUGAGGAAAAGAAAGAGUUAGAAGAUCAGUUGAAAGUGAAGAAGGAUGAUAAGACAGAACCUUCAACAACACCAAUGAUGCAGUCAAACACAUACCGCAUUUCCCCUCAUGAUUCUGGGGUGGAUAUUAAUUCCUGUCAAAAAACUGCUUCUCUGCCAAGAGACCCAAUACAGUACACUAAACAAAUACAAGAUCUUCAAGCAGAGAUUGCCAUCUUGAAAGAAGCAUCGGAGAAAGAGAGUGAAAGGAUGGAUUUGCUUAAAGAAACUUUUCAAAUACAGUUUGAGCAACGUCUGAAGGUGGAGACAGAGGCAGCCCGACGGGAGGUUCUGAAAUCAUUGGAGAUGUUACAGAAAAAGUGUUCUACAUUAGAAGAAUGCAACCAAAUCUUAAAAGAUAGCUGUACUAGCUUGGAGGAAGAGCUUCAGAAAGUCAAGGAGACAAACAACAAUUCUGAGACCUGUUCCAAGGAGAUUGAAAACUGUCGGUAUAUAUUGGAGAAGCAGCGCAAGCAGUUUGAGAAGCAGGAGGAGGAACUCAGAACUCAACAUGAGAAAGAAAUUGGAGAUUUUAAGAAUCUUCUUGCAGCCACAAAGAGCAAGAAUCUGCAGGAGAGUGAAACAGUUGCUGAGUACAGAAAAAAACUUGCAGAGCAGGACAAGCAGAUACAGUCAGUUAUGGAGGAAUUAGUAAGAGUAAAAGGCAAGUUGGAAGCAAAGGAAGCUGAAAGUGAACAGGAAGUGCAGCGAAUGACAGACAUCAUCCUAAACUUAGAGAGUGAAGUGAAAGAGCAGCAAGAAGAGAAGAACUUCACCCGAGCCAAUUUCCAGAAGAUGAUACAAGACCUCCAAAAUGACCAUGUGCUCGUGAAGCAGAGUCUCAAGAUUUCCGAGGAUCGCCUGAAUGAGUAUAAAGACUUGGACAGCAAAUACAAGUCCAUGAAACAGAAAUAUGCAAAAUUCCAAGCCUCUUCGAAAGAACAAAUAACGCACUACAAAAGCGAACUGAAAAGACUGAAUGCAGAAUAUGACAAAGCCAAAGAAACAUUGCUUCGAAGAGUUCAAAGUUUCGUUGAAGAAAUAAAGGGAAAGUGUGCCAUGUAUAUUGACAGUACAGUGUUAACUCUUCAAAAUGUAGAGAGUGCAAAAUAUCCAGUUGGCAACACAAUAAGUCAGUUGCAGGCGUUUUCCAGAGAACUUAAAAGCUUUUCGUUGCAAUUGACAUGAGAGUGAAUGUAGUGUUCUAAAUAUUUUUUUUUUUCUUUUAAAAACCAAAGAAUAAAUCUAAAGGUGAUUCUGUGAUAUUGGUGAAAGUGUGACCAAGGAGUUGA